UUGCUAACAUCACAGGUCGCUGCUCGGUGCUGAUAGAGGUCGCUACUUGCUUUUGAGCUUAUUUCUUCAAACUUUCAGCUUUUAAUGCAGGUUUGAAAAGCGGGAUGUAAAACUACGAACGUUUGAUUAACUGGUCAGAGGCCAACGUUGUUUCUACGAUAUAAUAUUUGGUGUAAACAGCAGUACUUGGAUGUUGUGAAGCUUGUUGUUAGCAUGAAUAAAGCACGACCUGCUGCGAGUGCCCGCUCAGACCACAGUGAGAUGGAUCCUGACGAGGCAGAGUUAGGCAAACUUCAGAGACAGCACAGGAUCAUGGAGAGAGAUCACCAGACGUACAAGAUCCAGGCCCAGAGGGAGAUCCACAAACAAGAGCAGGAGAUGGAGCAGCUGCUGAAGGAGCAGGACGAGCUGCAUCGGAAACUCGGUGCCUGUAAGAACGUUUCCCGCCUGCAGCAGGACAGCAAGAACAUCCGGUGUCUCCAGGCUCUGCUACAGGAGAGUGACGUGCUGGACGAGGAGAUCAAGGAAGAGAAGCAACGUCAGCGAGAGCUACAGAAAGAGAUCUCAAAGACGGAGCUGAAGGUGGCAGAGGUUAAAAAAGGAGAGGCCGGUAAGAGUUCUGCAGAAGGAUCUGAGAAACGGCAGACUCAGAAGGCCAUAACUAAUUUGCAAUACAAGCUGGACAAAGCCCUGACACGCUUCAACGAGCAGAUGAGUACAAACAAACGCCUGAGGCAGGAAGUGCAGACUCUUCACAUUGAGCGUGUCCGUUUCCAGCAGCUACGCAACAGGCUCAGCAAGGAACUGCAGGAAGUCCGCAAGAACACCGCAGAAGUUACCAACCUGUCUAAUGCUGCUUACGAUGCAAGGGUGGAGGUUCAGUCCAAGAUGACCAUGAUGCGAGAGAAGGCAGUGAAGGAAUGCGCCCAGUACAACGCUGAGAUGAAGGAACUGCAGAGAGUUAUUGCGUAUGAGAGCAACCUGAAAGGGUUCAUGAGCACCAAGUGCAAUGAGAAGAAUGAGGGCGACAGCGACCAGGGAAUGGGACCCAGACAAUUAUCGGAGCUAAAGGAGCAGAACAGGAUGGACUCGGACGAAGAGUUGCUGGACGCUCUAGAGGAGAUGUUUAAGAGGAAUCAAAUUGCGACAGGGGAGGAUGACCUAGACCUGCUGGUCACCAGGUUCAUCCAGGCUGAAGAUCGCAACUUUGCCCUCUAUAAUUUUGUUACUGAGCAAAACAAGGAGGCUGAGGCACUGAGGGAUGAAAUUAGCCAAAUCCAAGAAGAGAUGGAGCAGUUUCGGGUUAGAGGUUUACAGCAGGAGCAAGAUCAUCAGUCACAACUGAGAGACAUUGAUGUGAAACGAAAGGAAAUUGAACCUCAAGCGGAGGAUUAUGAAAACCAAGGCAGCAGCAUAAGCAAAAUCCUGGACGAGAUAAUGACAGGAAUAAACAGCAUCUUCUCUAAACUGGAGUGUGACCGCUCAAAGGUAGAGGAUCUGCUGGGUUCCUCUACAGGGAUCACUGAGAACAACAUCAUGUUCUACCUCGGUCUGCUGGAGCAGAAGACCAAUGAGCUGCUCACCAUACAAGCUUUCCUCAACUCUAAAGAUCCAGAAAAGGACUACAAUCCAAAAGAUCUGGCCCAAAUCCUUCUGGGUCAGAAUCCAGAACUACUUCAGCAGAGCAUUAGUAUUCAAACUGGAGUCAAUAGUGUGGACUAUGAUGCAGAAGAGUGUCCUGCUACUGAUGAGGAAGAACGACCGUUUUCACAUGCAGAACUUCGUGAAAGAAUAAUGAAGGAGGCUCUGCAGAAGGAGAGUCCUGCCCGGCGGGCAACAAAAAAAAGCCUCAAAGAUCAAUCCGGAGUUCACUGAGAGACGGCAGCUCCCUGGAAGAUGCACUAAUCUGACUCAGUGACCUGAUCAGUUAGUGUUAAUGUGCACAUAUUAAAAUCAUCAUUGACCGUGACAUAGAUCCACAGAGGCCGUGACUGCUGAUGGUACCAACUCGAUUGGCCAGCUGGACUGCUGCAGCUUUUACAAAUAAACAUUUAAGUCAUAUGUGUGUCACCUUUUAUGAUGAAUCAUUGGCAUGGCCUGCUCUAUUAUAUAUUGGUGUGAUUUGUUUAGUUGGAACUAAUUAGGUUUGUGGCUAUAAAGACUCUGGUAACCAGCUGUCCUUUUGAAGUGUGACCUGCCAUCUGGCUUUGACUAUAGAGUCUGGUUUGAGCAUAGCCCUCCCUCACUGGCAGCGCUUCAUUACACGUUACUCGCUGCUAUGCUCAAACAUAAAGGUUGGGGGCAGCAGAACCUUUUGUAAUUCUAAUUGGCCUGCUGAGACGCUGAUGCUGUUUCCAAAGAGGAGGUGAUGAGCUUCACUGUGCACACUGGUUUAGAACAGGUUUCUUUUUGUGGAAUCAUGGUAAUAAAUCUCACAUAUAUCUGGAUAAAACCCACUUAGUCCUGUUUUUUAAGUUUCCGUCCACCAUUGUGUUGCUUAAACACUAAAACAUUUGUUGCAUUCUUAUUUCACAUCAGACAUUUUUACUUAGAGUGUAUAUUACACUUAUUGAGCAUUUUGGAUUUAAUAAUUUUCUUAUUGUUUAUUUUCACUUGCUGCUUAUUUUCUCUUAUGUUUCUGUAUUUAUGGUGGUAACUUCACUCUUUCUGCUAUAACAACCAUAGACUGUAUACAGUCUGUGAUAGCAGCCUAAUUUUCCCUCAGGGAUUAAUAAAGUAUUUCUAUUCUAUUCUA